AUGCCAGGGAUUGUCGUGUUCCGCCGUCGCUGGUCUGUAGGCAGCGAUGACCUGGUUUUGCCAGCCGUCUUCCUCUUCCUCCUGCAUACCACCUGGUUUGUGAUCCUCUCUGUGGUGCUCUUUGGGCUGGUGUACAACCCCAACGAGACCUGCUCGCUUAACCUGGUGGACCACGGCAGAGGCUACCUGGGCAUCCUGCUCAGUUGUAUGAUCGCAGAGGUGGCAAUCAUCUGGCUCAGCAUGCGAGGCAGUAUCCUGUACACAGAGCCCCGGGACUCGAUGCAGUAUGUGCUCUAUGUCAGACUGGCUAUCUUGGUGAUUGAGUUUGUGUAUGCUAUUGUGGGCAUCGUGUGGCUAACGCAGUACUACACUUCCUGCAAUGAUAUCACAGCAAAGAGUGUCACUUUGGGAAUGGUGGUGUGCAACUGGGUUGUCAUCCUGAGCGUCUGCAUCACUGUCCUGUGCGUCUUCGACCCGACAGGCCGGACCUUUGUCAAACUGCGUGCCACAAAGCGGAGACAGCGCAACCUGAGGACAUACAACCUGCGACACCGCCUGGAAGAAGGGCAAGCCAGCAGCUGGACACGCAGACUCAAAGUUUUUCUUUGCUGCACACGGACAAAAGACUCUCAGUCGGACGCCUACUCUGAGAUCGCCUACCUUUUUGCCGAGUUUUUCCGAGACCUUGACAUCGUCCCAUCUGACAUCAUUGCAGGCCUGGUUCUUCUGCGCCAGCGGCAGCGGGCGAAGCGCAAUGCUGUGCUGGAUGAGGCAAACAAUGACAUUUUAGCUUUUCUGUCUGGGAUGCCAGUGACCCGGAACACCAAGUAUCUGGAUCUGAAAAAUGCGCAAGAGAUGCAGCGGUACAAAGAGGUGUGUUACUACAUGCUGUUUGCCCUGGCUGCCUAUGGCUGGCCCAUAUACCUGAUGAGGAAGCCCACAUGUGGACUCUGUCGCCUGGCCAGAUCCUGCUCAUGUUGCUGUCUCUGUCCUUCACGUCCCCGCUAUGCACCUAGUGUCACCAUUGAAGAGGACAAUUGCUGUGGCUGCAAUGCCAUUGCCAUCCGGCGCCACUUCUUGGAUGAGAAUAUGACGUCGGUGGACAUUGUUUACACAUCUUGCCACGAUGCGGUUUAUGAAACGCCUUUCUAUGUGGCUGUGGACCACGAUAAGAAGAAGGUGGUCAUUAGUAUCCGAGGAACUCUGUCUCCAAAAGAUGCCCUGACUGACCUCACUGGGGAUGCGGAGCGCCUUCCGGUUGAGGGUCACCAUGGAACGUGGCUGGGACACAAGGGAAUGGUGCUAUCUGCUGAGUACAUCAAGAAGAAACUGGAGCAAGAAAUGGUGCUUUCUCAGGCUUUUGGACGAGACUUGGGGAGAGGAACAAAACACUAUGGCCUGAUUGUGGUUGGUCAUUCCCUAGGAGCUGGCACGGCUGCCAUCCUGUCCUUCCUCUUGCGUCCGCAGUACCCGUCACUGAAGUGCUUUGCCUAUUCUCCCCCAGGUGGGCUGCUGAGUGAGGAUGCCAUGGAGUAUUCAAAAGAGUUUGUGACUGCAGUCGUGCUUGGCAAAGAUCUAGUGCCCAGAAUCGGUCUCUCUCAGCUGGAGGGAUUUCGCCGGCAGCUUCUGGAUGUUCUUCAAAGAAGUAACAAACCAAAGUGGCGAAUCAUUGUGGGUGCUACAAAGUGCAUACCCAAGUCAGAACUCCCUGAAGAGACGGAAGAAAAUUCGGUCACGAGUAAUCGCCUCUGGACCCAUCCCAGCGAUCUGACUAUUGCCCUGUCUGCAAGCACACCGCUUUACCCACCUGGCCGCAUCAUCCACGUGGUGCACAAUCAUCCCGCAGAGCAGUGCUGUUGCUGCGAGCAAGAGGAUCCCACUUACUUUGCGAUCUGGGGUGACAAUAAGGCGUUUAAUGAAGUGAUCAUCUCACCGGCGAUGUUGCACGAACACCUCCCAUACGUGGUCAUGGAAGGGCUCAACAAGGUCUUGGAGAAUUACAACAAGGGGAAAACAGCUUUACUUUCUGCAGCCAAAGUGAUGGUGAGUCCUACAGAAGUGGAUCUCACCCCGGAGUUGAUCUUCCAGAGUCAGCCCCUGCCUAGUGGACCUUCAGUGCAGAUCGGAACUGGAGCCAUAACAGCGGACAGAAGGAACAGCAGUACUAAGAGCAAGUCCCAUUCUGAAAUUAGCUUGGAGGGGUUUUAUGAGACAAAGCCGCUUUCUCCUGUGCAGAAAGACCCUGUGGAGCUGCUUCUCCUGGAUACAAAAGAACGUCUGUCUGUGGAGCUGCAGGACCGUCGUGCCCCUCUCGCAACCAUGGAGAGCCUCUCGGACAAUGAAUCCAUCUACAGCUUUGAUUCAAGGCGCUCCUCUGGUUUUCGGAGCAUCCGAGGCUCCCCCAGCCUCCAUGCUGUCAUGGAGAAGGAUGAGACGCACUGCUUUUAUAUAGACCCCGUUAUCCCUGAGGAGAACCCCUCCCUCAGCUCGCGGACAGAGCUGCUGGCUGCUGAUAGCCUCUCCAAGCACUCCCAGGAGACUCAGCCCCCCGACAACGUGCUCAACAGCGGUGGCACUACCCCCCAGCGACGCUGCAGCGAGGAGGGGGCCAGCAGUGAGGGGGACCGUGUUUCCUUAGCCCCUCGUGAGGAGCUGUCCCUCCAGAACGGACGGCUCACUGAUGUUCCCAGUCCCCAAGUGCUGGAGUUUGCUGAGUUCAUAGACAGUCUCUUUAAUUUGGAUAGCAAAAGCAGCUCCUUCCAGGACAUCUACUGCAUGAUGGUGUCAGACAGCUCCAGUGACUUUGCAGAGAUGCCCAAGUCUGUCAGUGAUCAGGAGAUCCUGCUGAGGGCACAGUAUGAACCCAACCUAGUCCCAAAGCCCCCGAGGUUGUUUGCAGGCUCAACAGAUCCUUCGUCGGGCAUCUCUGUCUCACCCUCUUUCCCCCUUAGUUCAUCUGGAGAACUCAUGGACAUCACUCCCACAGGCGUGAGCAGCCAGGAGUGCCUGGCCACUGACAAAAUCCGGACUUCCACCCCCUCUGGGCACGUAACCAGCCCUGCCAAGCAGGACGACCUCAUGAUUUCAGCCCUCUAG